AUGAUUGCCGGAAUGUCGAUGUGCAGCCGCGCGUGGCGCGGUGGCUGCCGCGACGCUGUGCCGUCAAAGCGGUGGUAUAGCGGCCUAGCGAAUGAGGUCAGCCUGGAGGUGAUACGAACCUGUAGCCUCUGGGCGAGACGGGAGCCCAGGGUCGUUGCUGGCGUGAGCUCGGCUGGCAGCGACAUCAUGCUUCUGGCAGCCAGACACCUCGGACUCCAAGAUUCCGAGCAGUUAUGGCGGCUUUCGCCGCAGUCUAGACAGGGAAGAUUGCCCAGUGUAGUCAGCCAUACGAAGAUAGUCUACCAAGAUGCCGUUGCUGGCGACCGUGACGGACAGCAUAACGAUAUAUGGCUGGGCCACGCAAGAUAUCGUAGCUAUGUCGCCCUGACGCUGCAUGGGCCAACAGGAAUUGAUGGUCUGGGCUGGUGGGGUGACUUGGGGAGAGAAUCUGCCAGGUUUGAGGAAGGGGAGUCUAUUGAAGCAGUAAUGCGUAGCGACGCCGCAAAGGACGAAGGCAGCAACCAUGCGGAGGGAGACCCAACGUCGAGGACGGACACGACGAUAUUCGUAUAUCCGUACGCCAGAAAGAACUCACAGGCUAUAGUGGAAACGCUGAAUAAGUAUCGCACCGGGCUGGCGGAAAUGGAUAUACGCAGUCUCAUCUACCUAUGCGGUUCCACCGGCAGCAGCAGGGCGCUAAGGUUGCUGGGCCAGCUGAUACGUGAGCAGUGCAGGGGCCACGAAACUGCAAGCGCAAUACAUCGUGUGGAAGAGCACGCUUGGCCGUGGAUGAAUAAUGCCUCGAUGGAUAACGUCACCCAAAUAGGUUUACCCGUCGUGCUCGACGCACUGGCCAGUGCCGCAAUAAUACAGUACACUUUCGAAAAGGAGAGUGUGAUUUUCGAUCAUAUUGGCUCCCAGUUGCAGAAGCUCGACGCAAAGGUAAAGGAGGAAGGUGCCGCUUUGGCUGAGGAGGUCAAGGCACUCGACGAGGAAAUACUCAACCGCGUCGUUAACCUGCUGGUGCUCAAAAGGAACCUGUCGCAGUUCAACAGCGAUCACAUUAGAGUGUUUAGCGAUUUCAUCUGCGACCGCUUGCACAGAAUAGACCCCAAAAGUAUCGCCAACAUCGCCUUCUCUCUUGGGCACUCCAAGCACCUGGACGAGUUCUGGAUGUUCAUGAUGGCGAAGCGUAUCCAGGACUCUCCGCAUGAGUUCGGACCCGAUGAAAUUGCGGCGAUCAUGGAUGCGUACAGCAACGCCUGCCUGGAAGACCACGAGUUCUACGCGACGCUCUGCAAACAGGUCGCCCAAAAUUUCGAGCACUACAACUUGCAGCACCUCACCGUAAUCCUGAGGGCGCUGGCACGCGUCCGGGUCCGCGACGAGUGGCUGCUGGAAAACACGCUGAACCGCCUGCAGUCACACUUGAAGGAGCGAGAGAACUUCGGCGAUGACAAGGGUACGGGCCGCGAACUAGCCUACAUGACAGCUAACUGCGUAGUUGCAGCUGGAGACCUAGGUUACGUUGGCAACUGUAACUUCGACGUCAUGUGGAGGCUACUAACCACCCGCAUCAGGGAUUCGUCGUUUGACAUCUGCGCCAUCAACUGGUUGCCGCUGGCCGCGAUGACCUUCGCCAGCAGGACCACGCUGCAGACGUUCAUGCCGGUUUGGCUCAGGCACGUCCUCCACACCAUACAAAAGCUGAGGUCGAAAACGUUCGUGCUCACGAUACAACGGAGACACCACCUCGUGAGGCACGUGUUCAAGCUAGGCAUCUUGCCUCCACAACUGCUCCCGAGGCAGGCCCAAAGCAUCCUCGACGACAUCUGCGACCGCGAAUACGUACGUUUUGCAUCUGCAAUACAUGAAAGUCAGCCCAUAUAUCUAUGA